AUGGCCAAAAUUCCAGUGGUAGAUUUCUCGAAAGAUGACUGCUUGAAGCCGGGGACAAGUUCUUGGCUCUCGGCACGCAACGACGUCUGCCGUGCACUGGAAGAUAUCGGCUGUUUCACGGCAAUUCUUCCCAACAAAGUUCCAAAGGAACUUGCCAACACCUUAUUCUCCACAUUUGACGACUUGUUUGAUUUUCCAACCAGUACUCCUGAAAAGCCCUUCUUCUAUGCAACUUCUAAUUCCGGGCAACGAACCUACGGGAUCAUCAACGGCACAAACCCUCAAGAUGUUCAACAAUUCACACAUCUCAUUUGGCCCGAUGGAAACGAUCAAUUUCGGUAUGAUCGAUCACUGCUGCAUUUCUCAAACAUAUAG